AUGCGCCCUUCUCUCCUCCUCACCUCCUCGGCCGAUGUCAACCCCUCACCCAUUUGGGAAAGACACCGCAGAGGCCCACGGGCUGAUAUGCAUGUGGUCGUUUUGAUGUACAAAGGACGCUUUGAAAAUGCGUAUUCACCCAACUGUCUUGAGCAGUUCUUUGCUCCUUUACGCUGUAGCUCUCUUUACGUGUAUCUUCCCCACCACUAUCGUACCGUGAGUCAGAUGGCCCUCUCCUGGCCUCCCAAGGAUUUGGGUAGACCCACCAGCUUCUCUCUCAGUCAUCCGCAGAUUGCAUCGCAGUUUUCAUGCCGUCAUUACAGAACACAUCAAGAAAAUCAAGCGACCUGGAAGUGGGUGGACUGCAGAUCUGACGCAAUCACGGAGAAAGUCGUACAUACAGAAUACAGCGUACGUGGAAUAGGUGGUCUAAAGGUUCCAGGUUUAUUACGUUGUUUGCGCGUCCAUCAAGCAUACUGCUCAGAUAACUUGGCGAAUUUAGCAGUCAGUUAA